GUGCCUACGUGCAGGGACGACCGGUCGUCACGGUGUAGUAACCGGAGGAUUUUGGGAGUGUUUUUCAGUGUUUUAUCAAAAGCUCCAUGAACUGAAUACCGAAUACUCUCCACAAGAUGUCUGCUAAGACUUUCAGCGUGAAGUGCGAGGCCACUACCCCAUGCGAAGGCCAGAAACCGGGCACAAGCGGACUUCGGAAACAUGUCACCGUCUUCCAGUCGUGGCGGUACACGGCUAACUUUGUGCAGAGCAUUUUGUCGGCAAUGGACGGCGCGACCCGCGAGGGAUGCACGCUGGUGGUAGGCGGUGACGGACGCUACUACAUGAAGACGGCCGUGCAGAUUAUAAUCCAAAUUUCUGCUGCCAACGGGAUUGGCAAGCUUGUGAUUGGCCAGAGUGGCUUGCUGUCGACCCCGGCAAUGUCUUGCUUGAUAAGGAAGCGCCAGGCAGCAGGUGGAAUUAUCCUGACAGCCAGUCAUAAUCCUGGUGGCCCAGACGGUGACUUUGGGAUCAAAUUCAAUAUAUCCAAUGGAGGACCUGCUCCAGCUGGCAUAACUGAUGCCAUCUACGACUUAACAAAGACAAUCUCAACUGUCAAGCACUGCCCAGACUUGAAUGUUGAUGUCAGCUCAAUCGGGACCCAACAGUUUGACAUACAGGGCAGACAGUUUAUAAUUGAGGUUGUUGACUCCGUUGAAGACUACUUGGCCCUGAUGCGAGAGAUCUUUGACUUUGAGGCUUUGAAGAAACUAUUGAGCGGACCCCUGAAAUUUGUUGUGAAUGCGAUGCACGGAGUCGUGGGACCCUACGCCAAACGUAUCUUUUGCCAAGAGCUAGGAGCGCCAGCAGACUCAUGCCUGAACUGUGACCCCAAAGAAGACUUUGGAGGUCACCAUCCUGACCCCAACUUGACCUAUGCUGCUGACCUGGUGAACCUGAUGAAGAAAGGCGUCCACGGCUUUGGAGCAGCAUUUGAUGGGGAUGGGGACCGUAAUAUGAUUCUUGGUAAGAAUGGCUUUUUUGUGACACCCAGCGAUUCGAUCGCCGUCAUCGCCGCCAAUGCCAAGUGCAUCCCCUACUUCAAGAAGACAGGGGUGAAGGGUCUGGCCCGCAGCAUGCCCACCAGCGGAGCUCUGGACAGGGUGGCUAAGGCUGAAAGUUUGGAGUUCUUUGAGGUGCCAACCGGCUGGAAGUUCUUCGGCAACCUGAUGGACGCCGACCGCCUCUCACUGUGCGGGGAGGAGAGCUUUGGAACAGGGAGCGACCACAUCAGGGAGAAGGACGGCCUGUGGGCGGUGCUAGCCUGGCUGUCAAUCAUGGCUGCCAGGCAACAGAGCGUGGAGGAGGUCUUGAGGGAUCACUGGGAAAAAUAUGGCCGUAAUUUCUUCACCAGGUAUGACUAUGAGAAUGUCGAGUCUGAACCAGCACAGCAGAUGAUGGCAAAUCUACGUAACCUGGUGGACACCGACAAAGUGGGGAUGUUUAUUGGCCGCGAGUUUGCGGAGGGGAACAAGACAUACAAAGUGUCCAAGGCGGACGACUUUGAGUACACAGAUCCCAUUGACAAAUCCUUGUCCAAGAACCAGGGGAUCCGCAUCAUCUUCCAAGAUGGCUCGCGCGUUAUCUUCCGGCUCAGUGGCACGGGCAGCUCAGGUGCCACGGUGCGCAUGUACAUCGACAGCUACGAGUCCGACAGCGCCAAGUUCUCCCUGGAUGCCCAGACUGUCCUGCAGCCGCUGGUCAAGAUUGCUCUCGGUAUCUCGCAGCUACGAGAGCUGACUGGCCGCCUAGAGCCAACCGUCAUCACAUAAAAUACCAACUCUAAUUUUGUUUCUAAGAGACACCCUCGUUUUUCAGGAGCAAAUAGUGCAUUGGAAAGAAAAUAUGGUUUUGGAUCUCAGGGCCUUAGGCACAUUUAACUGGGUACUCCACAUAUUUAAAGUGGGUUGUACAUGUAGCUUUCACUAACAGUAGAACAAGCAAACAGGAAAGUUUCACUAAGAAGUCACUGGGGAGAGACCAGUUUCAAACACAUUAUCAGAAAAAUUCAACAUCAACACCAAACUGUACACUUUUUCAGGUAGGCUCGGCAGUUUUCAUGUUUUUUGGGCACGUAGGCUGAAGUUGAAGUUUGGCUUGAGUAUGAACAGCGAUAUGUGUUUGCUGGUAGGGUUUCCCCACUGUACAUUUAUUUGUGUGUACGUGAUACCACAGAGUGGAUGUCACACUGAGAGUCACCCCCAUGCAUGUGCAUGAUGUAGACCGUCAAGGCUUCUGUGAGGUCCACUGUACUGUGAACCACACUCCUCUUGGCAGGUGUUGUCAUUUGAAUUAACCGGUCUCUGUGUGGGCACAUUUACUCGGUAAUCCAUUACAUUUAUAUGAAAUAUGUCUGAUCACAGACUGGCUUUGGAGGUCAUGCCCUUAUGUUUGCCCAAAAAAGUUUAUUUACAAAAUGGAAUUGAUCGUCGUCUUGUUUCUUUAGCAGAUGAAAGUUCUCAUCUGAAAGGCUCACUGUUGGUUGUUGCAAGAGGGAAAUGUAAUAGAUAUUGUCAUUGAUGUGUGUAUUGAGAUAUGCUUUGUGCGAGGUGAUUUUCAAUGAGCAGCGCUAGACAGGAUCCGUCAGAAUGCCAAGAUUUACAGUUGAGUGAUGGUUAUGCCUUGUGAGACAUACAGUACUUUAAAGGAUUUUACUUCAGUUAAAAUUUAAGGAUCUACCCAAAGAAUGUCAGAAGAUGGAGUGAUCAAUGUUUCUUUUUAUCUUCCAAAAAUGCUUUUAAAUUAUUACAGUGCAUGUGAAUAGGUUGCACUUGGAGGGUAUUUAGCAUGGUUUGAAUUUUUUUAGAGUACUAACAUCAAACUUGAUAAAGGGAAAAAUUGGUACACAGGAGCUUGCCAACUUGGCCAUUGCCAAGUCAGUAGCUGGACCACUGCCGAGUAAGUAAUCGGGCCACUGCGGCAAGAUGAGUGCAAUGUGGAUUGUCUAGUCAGCUUUUAAUAGUGUGGGAUACCUCUGAAAUUAUUUGCAGGUUUGACAAAUUAGCUCAAAGUAUUUUUUUAGUUUAAGUCUGUAUUAUUUCCUCUGUGACCAGACGUUAAUAGAAUUGUACCUACAUGCAUUUCGGAUUCUACUAAUAUGCUGAUUUGAAUUAUGGAGUGAAAUUCUUAAAAGGUAUUGCAAUAAAAACAAACACUGAAAUCUUU